AUGCCUACCCCAAUUGUCAGAUCAAAGAUCAUCAAGAAGAAGACCACCCGUUUCUUCCGUUUCCAAUCUGAUCUCUUCAACAGAGUCGCCGGAAACUGGAGAAAGCCAAGAGGUAUUGAUAACAGAGUCAGAAGAAGAUUCUCAGGUGCCGCAAGAAUGCCAGAUGCUGGUUACGGAUCAAACAGAAAGACCAGAGACGUCGAUCCAAACGGUUUCAAGCGUUUCGUCGUCAGAAACGUUGAAGAGUUGGAAGUCCUUCUCAUGCAAAACAGAAGAUACGCUGCUGAAAUCUUCCACGCUUGUUCUGCCAAGACCCGUAAGGCUAUCGUCGAAAGAGCUCGUGAACUCGAUAUCAAGGUUACCAAUGCCAACGGUAGAUUGAGAAGCCAAGAAAGAGAGUAA